AUGAGCGCCCUCCGACUGUCUCGUGCAGCGCUGCGCGCUAGAUCCGCAGUCGCCAUCAAGCCUAUCCAGCGUCGAGGUUAUGCUGAGGCCGUCUCGGACAAAAUAAAGCUUUCACUCGCCCUGCCCCAUCAAUCCAUCUACAAGUCACAGGAUGUUGUCCAAGUUAACAUCCCCGCCGAGUCCGGUGAAAUGGGUAUUCUGGCCCAGCACGUCCCUUCAAUCGAACAGUUGAAGCCUGGCUUGGUCGAGAUCAUCCAGGAGAACGGUGAAAACAAGCAGUUCUUCCUCUCUGGAGGGUUUGCCGUUGUUCAGCCCGACUCGAAUCUGAGCAUCAACGCAGUGGAAGGUUUCCCCAUCGAGGAGUUCAGCGAAGAGGCCAUCAAGUCCCAAAUCUCAGAGGCUCAAAAGAUUGCCAGUGGAAGCGGAAGUGAGCAGGACAUCGCAGAGGCCAAGAUUGAGCUCGAGGUCCUCGAGUCAUUGCAAGCAGCUCUGAAAUAA